AGACGAUGUGUAACUAUAAAACAAACCUACUAAAGAUACAACAUUCCAUAGAAGUCAUCUAUACACAUAUAUAUAUAUCUAUAUAAACAAGCCAAUAUGGGAGUCUCUAAGAAGAAUAAGAAGAGUAUGGAUUUAUCGAAUCUUUCAUCAGAUCUUCCUGCUACUAAGCCAGUAUGUGAAGCAUCUAUUACUGAGUUAAAUCGGGAAUUAACAACAGAAUUUAAGAAUGCUGCUAAAUCAGUAGCUUCAUUAUAUAGUUCAGUAUCUUCAAGUGGUGAAGGAUCAUCUUCUAAUAAAGUUGAAUUUGCCAAUGCUGCCAAAUCGGUGGCGGCUUUAUAUCGUUUAACUCAUAAUUUCUCAUCAUUGGUUCAUAACAAGGGUUAUUUAGAUUGUUUAGAUGAUCUAUUAGAUGUUAUAGCUCUGAAUGGAGAUGUAGAAAAUUGGGUAUUAACUAGAAGAGCUGAAAUUACCAAUAGUCAUAAUACUACAUCUGCUACUACAAAUACAAAUACUACUACAAAUACAAAUACAAAUACAACUACCAUAACCGGACCACCUUCAUCUCCAGUAUCAGAUUCUGUUCCUGAUAUUUCAUCUGUUUUUCAAUUACCUGUUGAUUAUGAAUUCACAUUAACUCUGGACCUUAGACCAAGCCAACAUUUCCGAUCUAGUAUUACUCCAUUAUCUAUUCAGCAUACCCAUAAACAACGCAUUAAUUUCAGAAAUAAUAGGAAAUAUGAUCCAAUACUAAGACGCAAAUUAAGAAUGCAAUCAACUAAUCAUUCAAAUCAUUCUCAAGAAGAAGGUGAUAAUGAAUCCAAUUCUACUGAUCGUGAAUCACAAUCAUCAUCUGAUGAUGAUUAUGAUAAUGAAUCAGGUAUGACUAGAAAGAAGAAUAUUCAAGAUGAUUCUGGUAGUACACCCAAGAAAAAGAAGAUAUAAUUAUAUCGGUAUGGUAAUAUAUCUUUAUGAAUUUAUGAUAGCAUUUAAUUACUUUGGCAUUAUAUAGAGCUCUAGUAUUAUACAAGGUUACUAUAUUAAAUAUAUAAAUAUUAAAUAUUAAAUUAUAAAUUAUAAAAUGUA